AUGGGGAAGCCCAUGAGCUCCGGAUUCGACUGGCGCCGCUUCCUGUGGAAUCAUUGGCUGCUGCUCUCCACCGUGGCCGCCGUGCUGCUAGGCAUUGCCAUAGGAGUCUUGGUUCGUGGACACAGUGAGCUCUCAAAUCUGGAUAAAUUCUACUUUGCUUUUCCUGGAGAAAUUCUAAUGAGGAUGCUGAAGCUUGUCAUUUUGCCAUUGAUUAUAUCCAGCAUGAUCACAGGUGUUGCUGCACUGGAUUCCAAUGUAUCUGGAAAGAUCGGUCUGCGCGCCGUGGUGUAUUAUUUCUGCACCACCAUCAUUGCUGUGAUCCUCGGUAUUGUGCUGGUCGUGAGCAUCAAACCUGGUGUCACUCAGAAAGUGACUGAAAUCAACAGGACAGGCAAAACCCCUGAAGUCAGCACAGUGGACGCCAUGUUGGACCUGAUCAGGAACAUGUUCCCGGAGAACCUGGUCCAAGCCUGUUUUCAGCAGUACAAAACCAAGCGUGAAGAAGUGAAGCCUGUCAGUGAUCCUGGGGGGAACGCCACAGAGGUGUCUGUCACCACCGCCAUGACAACCAUGUCUAAGAACAUGACAAAGGAAUACAAAAUCGUGGGCCUGUAUUCAGAUGGCAUCAAUGUCCUGGGCUUGAUCAUCUUUUGCCUCGUCUUCGGACUUGUCAUUGGAAAGAUGGGAGAAAAGGGACAGAUUCUGGUGGACUUCUUCAAUGCGUUGAGUGAUGCAACCAUGAAAAUCGUUCAGAUCAUCAUGUGUUACAUGCCCAUUGGCAUUUUGUUCCUAAUUGCUGGGAAGAUCAUAGAAGUUGAAGACUGGGAAAUAUUCCGCAAGUUGGGCCUUUACAUGGCCACGGUCCUGAGUGGGCUGGCAAUCCACUCCACCAUAGUACUGCCACUGAUCUAUUUCAUAAUUGUGCGGAAGAACCCUUUCCGAUUUGCCUUGGGCAUGGCGCAAGCCCUCCUGACGGCUCUCAUGAUAUCUUCCAGUUCAGCAACUCUACCAGUUACGUUCCGCUGUGCAGAAGAAAAGAACCAGGUGGACAAGAGGAUCACAAGGUUCGUGCUGCCUGUCGGUGCCACCAUCAACAUGGACGGCACUGCGCUCUAUGAGGCCGUGGCCGCCGUGUUUAUAGCGCAGCUGAAUGGCUUGGACUUGAGCAUUGGGCAGAUCAUCACCAUCAGUAUCACAGCCACAGCUGCUAGCAUUGGAGCUGCUGGCGUGCCCCAGGCUGGCCUGGUGACCAUGGUGAUCGUGCUGAGUGCUGUAGGCCUGCCUGCUGAGGAUGUCACCCUCAUCAUCGCCGUGGACUGGCUCCUGGACCGGUUCAGGACCAUGGUGAAUGUUCUGGGUGACGCAUUUGGGACCGGCAUUGUGGAGAAACUCUCAAAGAAGGAGUUGGAGCAGAUGGAUGUUUCAUCUGAAGUCAACAUCGUGAACCCCUUUGCCUUGGAAUCCACACUCCUCGACAGUGAAGACUCCGAUACCAAGAAGUCCUAUGUCAAUGGUGGCUUUGCGGUGGACAAAUCCGACACCAUCUCGUUUACCCAGACCUCACAGUUCUAGAGGCCUAGCUUCCGAUGACUGGGAUGAGAACGGACAUCUCCACAGGAGCCAUCUCUUAGCAAACUCCAACAUUAAGGAGUGAGGGAAACACUAGGAGUCAACUGUCCAUUUAGUUUGAUAAACAGACCUCCAGAUUAUUUUCUAUAUUUGGCUUUAUAGCCUUUGUUCUCUGGGUUUGGGAAUUGAGGGUGGGGUAGAGUGAAAGAAAAUUAAGAAAGUUGUGUUAUCUGGAUUUUCUAAUUCUAUAAAACAAAGUGCGGAAGCAUAUGAAGUAGUUAACUGUAGGAAUUAGGUAAUGGAUAUGGAAGAGAAAUUGCUUUCUUGUGCAUAGACCACUGUUUGGGGGUUUUUAAACAAUAUUAUUAUUGGCUACAAAUUUUUACUCAGGCUUUCUAUUGGCGUGACUUCCUUGGCCUUCUCACUUUUUAUAGAUUAUAAUGCAUCUCAACAGCACCCCCACCCAGUUAAAGUGCCAAAUUUUCCAUUUGACCUCAUAUUCAGUCACUCUCAAACUACUCUAACAAAAAAGAAAAGGAUCAGCAUAAUUCUGCAAUAAUAGUUCAAGAUAGUUGUAGGGUUUAGGGGAAGGGAGAGGGUUUCUUAUUCAAUGUACUGUAUUGGGAUGCUGGUAGCUGUUUAGCCAGUGUACGGUAUAGAACUAUAUGUAUAUGUGUGUAUAUUUAUUAUUUUCAUAUAAUUUGCAAGACAGAGAUCAGUAAUGAACUAUCAAUGUGAAAUAAGACACUCUCCUUGUACUUGAAUCAAAACUGCAAUUCCAAGCUGGGUGGUAGUGGCGCACAUCUUUAAUCCCAGCACUCGGGAGGCAGAGGCAGGCAGAUCUCUAUGAGUUCAAGGCCAGCCUGGUCUACAAAGUGAGUUCCAGGACAGCCAGGACUGUUAUACAGUGAAAACCUUUCUCAAAAAACCAACCAACCAAACCCUGCAAUUCCAGCUGAGGUGUACUUUGGAGCUCACCAGAACACUGUCAGGGAGCUCUGGGAUGAGACAUCAAGUUGCUUGGUUACUGCGUUUUACCCCUAAAACAGAAAUGUAUUAUGGUGGAACUCUAUGGUGGCACAGCCAAUCAUUUCCAACUCCUGGCCUCAAGCUCUCUCCAGGGAGGAGUCCCUGUGGACACUGAGUAAAUUCAUUUGCAAAGGCAGCUCUCUCAAAGGCUGGAUGUGCUCAGAUCCAAACACAAGGCUUCAAGGCUUCGCUCUUCAACUACACUCAGACCCACUUCACAGUGAAGGGCUGCCCCUUUAUUGCCCUCGGUCCCCUCUGCCCACGAGGGCAGAGACAACAGUGGCAAGCCAUCACCCAAGCUGUGUUUCAAAACAGGCUGCCUAAGUUGAAUAAGCCACGUUGCAAGGUGACCAAGCUAUCCCUAUACUGUAUUCUUUUUACUUUAUUUUAUACAUUUUUUACUUUGGGGGUUUUUUGAGGCAGGGUAUCUCUACAUAGGACUGGCUAUCAUGGAACUCACUAUGUAGACUAGGCUAGACUCAAACUCACAGAGAUCCUUCCGCCUCUGCCUCCCAAGUGCGGGGCUGGAAGGUGUGCACCACCACUGCCCAGCUCUAUACUGAAUUCUUAUAAAAUAAAACCCAGGCCGUGAGCUACUGGUGCCAGUGGUUCAGGGAAAAUGUUUCCAUUUCCUUCUGCCUCCUUAGGAAAGGAUCAUUCGGAGAAUCUUGGCCUUGCUGCUUCGAGUCCUCUGUCUUUCUCCUGCUCAUUUCUGAAGAUGGCUUAUUAAAAGUCUACACUUCUGCCCUCAUCCUGUAAAUAAAGCUCAACAAAAACUUGUACUUAA